CAUGACGUCACGCGGAAGUAAUUCCUCCAAAAUGGCAGCGUCCUUGAUAGGCGUGUUUUGAUUCGAGUGGAGUGUCAAACAUGCUUAGCUGUCGCACAAUUACCUGCAUCACUGACAGAAGGAUAUUUUGACAGCGGAACAUGGAGAGACGAGAGUUCGUGGCGUCUCUGGUGGUAAGGCAGGAGGCUGUGCAGGGAUGUGCGUGGAUCUCACCCUCUUCCCCCUGGACACCAUUAAGACCAGACUGCAGAGUCAGCAGGGCUUUUACAAGGCCGGGGGCUUCAGGGGCAUUUACGCUGGGGUCCCAUCUGCUGCCGUCGGAUCCUUUCCCAAUGCCGCUGCUUUCUUUGUCACCUACGACUACACAAAGUCCCUGCUCAGUGCUGGUGGAGCGCUGGCUGCACCACACGUGGCACCUGUCACUCACAUGCUGGCUGCCUCCUUGGGUGAAAUAGUGGCGUGUCUGAUCCGGGUGCCCACAGAGGUGGUCAAACAAAGGACCCAGGCUUCUCCUUCAUCCACCACCUACCACAUGCUCCUGUCUACACUCAAAGAAGAGGGUGUUCGAGGCUUGUACAGAGGAUACGGGAGUACAGUUCUCAGAGAGAUCCCGUUCUCGCUGGUGCAGUUUCCACUUUGGGAAUAUUUAAAGACUCUGUGGUCGUGGAGGCAAGGUCACACGCUCUACUCUUGGCAGGCUGCAGUGUGCGGAGCUUUUGCAGGUGCAGUGGCGGCAUUUGUUACCACUCCUCUCGACGUGGCGAAGACCAGGAUCAUGCUCGCAAAGGCCGGGACGACCACAGCGAGCGGCAACAUCCCACUGGUGCUCUAUGAUGUGUGGAAGAGCCGGGGGCUUAGAGGCCUGUUUGCAGGCAGCAUACCGAGGAUCACCUUCAUAAGUAUGGGCGGCUUCAUUUUCCUCGGAGCCUACGAGAAGGUCCGCCGCACCUUGCUGUAACAACACAACCUCUCUGACUGUCCGGAGCUCCGACUUGGUCGAGAAACAGCAGGGAAUGCAUCUCUAGAGGUAGCACUCUCGUCCCACGGAGGGCCCCCCCAUGCGCCUCCACGCCGCUGGGCCCCAAGAAGCAAAGAACAGUUUGAGGAAAGAGUCGUCCACGGGGGCUGAUCACGUUACCCAGGGCGCUGCAUUCCUGCUCAUCAGUGCCCUGCGGAUUGAGUUUAACAGCCACUUCUGUAACAGCCCUAAGAGGUUUGGUGAAAUGAAGCCACACCCUCACACAGACUAUCAAUGCAGCAUCUUUACUGUUCAAUAUAUGUGUGUGAAUGAGUUAUGGUAUUAAAGACUAUGUUUUUAUGCUCUUGAA